CCUGUACUCUAUUAAAGUGCCGCCAUUCUACACAGCAUUUUCUGGUGACCUGGACUUUAACUACUCGAUCCCUGGCAACAUGGCACUGCCCAACAGUUUUAUUAGAUUGGAAUACUACAGUAAGAAUGCCAGAGAUCAUAUGAUCAUUACCACAAUGGGCCUAAGACUUGGCUUCAGUUCCGGCAGCUUGCGGGUGGCGUGCGGCGUCAUCGAAUUCGCUGGCAACUUUACUCUGAGAAUGUACACACGGGUCAACGGGGACAUCUUGACAGAAACCAGCCUCGAUGUGAGGUGGCCGGAAGUGGGAUUGUCCUUACCAGACAACCACGAAGCCCAAACUUCGUCUGUGGAGUUACGGAUCAUCUCCAGAGCAAACUGUUCCUCUCGCCUUCAUCGUCAUUUGAUGCAGGUCAAACUACUCUUUCAGCGAACACACAAAGAAGAACGGCUUCUCAACUUGACUGCAUCUCCUGUGAUUUAUGUAGCAAACUUUACCUCAAUUAAUGCUCCCUUCACAACAGUACCACUAGGAUGUUAUUUGUUUGACCUUGAUGGUAUUUACCAAGCUGUUUUAGUUUCCAGUUUUACUGACAACCCUUUGGUUGCGGCUAGCAACGUGAUGACAGUCAGCUGGAGUAAAGGUUAUCACAUCAUAUUAAAUUCACAGAGUGCCUUUCCCUGUCAGGAUUCCAUUUCCCUUAUGUACACCCACCCACCUUGUUCUGAUGUAGACAAAAUUCGACUGUAUGCCUAUUUGCCAACCUCUAGUGGCAGUCCAGCAUCACCACUGGAGUCUGUCUAUGUCACAGAGGUCAUUGCCAACCCUGAUAUGUCCCGGAAGUCUUUCAACUGUAAGCUCUUCAAUCAGUCGGCCAGUGGUUUUUGCUUUGUUUACGUCAGUGUAACAAGAGGGGAUGUUGUUUCGGAACAAGCGAAAGCUUGCAUUCCUGCCCAGCCGGAUUCAGCUUUCCCAAUAGAUGGCUCUUGGGGAAAGUGGACCUCGUGGACGUCAUGUUCUGUGACGUGUGGAACUGGAAAGAAAAGUCGCUUUAGAACCUGCACUGACCCCGCACCAAAACAUGGUGGUCGGUUUUGUGUGGGUGACCCUGUUGAGUGGACGCCAUGUGAAAUUCACUGUCCAGAAGCUAUCCCAAGAACACCCCUACAUUCUCCGUCCAUUGACCCAGCAUGCGCAUGCGGAUGUACCAGAACAGAAGACAAAGGACAAAUCAUCGCCACGGGCCGAUGCUCUGGACUUUCAACCUGGUUAAUUAACAGCACGGAGGGUCAUGUGAUUGCGCUGCAUUUUGACUACUUUAGCCUUAACUACACACGACAGUGGGUCAGAGUUCGUGAUGGCACAUCCCCAGCAGAUACCCUGUUGUUUUCAUCAUCCACUAAAGGGUAUCCUGUGGAGGUGGUCACGUCUGGACCAGCCAUGAGGGUGGAGUUGAUGACCACCUAUGUUAAUCCACCACCAGUGUCAUUCUUCGCCAAGAAUGCAACUCUUCCUAUCCAUGCCCAUGGAUUCAUAGCGAGCUACGAAGUCAGAGCCAUCUUGGUCAGCAGCACAGCACCCGUGUUGUUUCAGCACAAGGAGCAGACUGUCCUGAGCAGCACCAUCACCAUUGUCGGCAUCGUCAUCUGCACUGUUGUCAUCAUCGUCGCCGUGGUUUUCGUCAUCAUACAACGCACUUUCUUCCGGCGAAGGGUCAAAUACACCAUGACAUCAUCAGACGAUAGCCCAGCCCAUCAAAGUCAAAAUAGCAGUAGCAGCCCCAGUAGUCCUGGCAAUGCCAUCCAUGUGGAUAUGGAGGUACCUCUUACUGGGAAGACUCAGAGACGAGGCAGUGGGAGCAAAAUCUCCAGAGCUUCAAGUUCGACCAGCAUUGGCAGUCAAAAGAUGAAGCGAUUAAAAUCAAAAGGAGACGCCAACUCUUCAAGUAAGGGAGGUAACAAGAGUCCCAAACCUGCAAGUAAACAUACCUCAGUGACUAGCCCUUAUGGAAUAGAAAUUAUUGAUAUCGACGAGAAAGAGAAAGUGGAGAAAAACAAUCCUGCUAGAAUAAAAACACCUAGAACGCCAUUGCUUCAUUCCAGCAUUAACAAGACUUCGCCUGUAAUUACUCCCAUAUCCCCAGUUACUAAACUAGAAUUGCUGAAUAAAAAACGGCAAGAUAAGAAAGUCAAAGGUGUAGUUACCGAAGCUGAAAGAGAUGUCACAGGGUCAUCUGGUUCAAGGUCGCCAUCGACAACAAAAGCAGAAGUCAACUGGCCUCAAAGUACUUUUAUAAGGGCUGCAUUGUCUGAAGUAAGUAAGUCAUUAGCUGACAAACACAAAUAUUCCGGGCAGCGUCCUCCUUCGGAGGAAAUUCCUUUGUUAGAUUCAAUGACUUCGAGUAUUGAAUCUCCGUCUCACUUCAACAACUUGGUCAAAAGUGAGUCAACAGAAUCAGCAACCACGUCCUUUGUUCGUCCAGUAACUGCUAAAGUUCGGCGGCCAACAUCACUAACAGAAUCAUAUUCUGCUGAGGCAAUAGAAGAACCCAACCUUAAGAUAGAUAGUCAGUCAUCUGGGGCAGCCGUGGGGAGUAUGGGUUCGAAACUCUCAUCACAAACACCCGCUAUUCUUCCUGUAAAGUCUGUGCAAUUAUCUCCAUUACCCACAACUACCACAUCAUUUGUAAAUAACAAACCACCACCGACAUCAUCAGCAGCAUCCAUAUCCAAAUAUCCAUUCAAGCCAUCACCAUCUCAAAUUUCUCUGAACAGCGACAAAAAUUUGAAUAAACAAAAAAUAACAGCAUAUGAAGAACGACAGACAAGUUUGCCAAAACCAGACGGACAAAGUCCCAAACUUCAGGAAAGAAAAAAUAGCAUGACAGGUUUAAAUGGAAGGGAAUCGGCAAGUCCAGGGAAAGCGAGUAGAGCCAGCAGCAAAAGUAGCCGGAACAAUAUCUCAUCUCCCGCUCGCAGCAUCGCAACUCCUUCAGAAAUAGAAGGUCUGGAGCUAGAGUAUGAUGAUUUUGUCGAGGAUGAUCCUUUGUCAUAUUUUGAUUAUGAAGAGACACAAAAGCUGGCAUUCCGGGGGGUUGAGAAGAUUGGAAAGACACCCGUAGAGGAAGAGGAUGAGGAUGAAGUUUGA